GGAGGGGACUGGAGGAGAUUAUGCUGAGUGAAGUAAGGGUGGCCCAUGUCCCCCACCCUGGGUGCCAGUGGGAAAGGCGGUCUCUGACUCCCCAGACCAACUCCACACCAUGAUGAAAAGGUUGCUGGCCUUCCGUGCCACCCACACAAAGCACAGCACCUGCUAUCAAGAGUCUGUUUUCCUAGUCCUUGAAUCCGCGCUGUCUGGAUAUCUUGCUUUGACCAACAGAAUGUGGGAGAAAUGAUGCCGCAGGAUUUUGUCACCGAAAGGGUGCUGGCUGUCUGUGACUAAAAUACUGGCUCCUACUGCUGUGCAGGUUGCUGAUUUACUGAAAUUCUUCAGUGGGAGAGACAGAACAAAGGUCUAUCUCAAUUUUGUUAUGGUGGAGCUCCUGGAUGUUGAACCGUGCUGCUGGUGUUCCAGACACCAGGUCUGCUGCUUUGUUCCUUGUUCUCUGCUCGCUGUCCUCCUGCUGCAGGAGAACGUGAGCCACUGAAGGUAUCGGGUUCACGCGCAAGGCCCAGUACUCAGCACAGGUCUGGCACAAAGUACUGGCUGAGAAAUGCCUUGGAGAAGUCAUUUACAUUCAAGCCCUCAUGGUGCAAGUGUUAAUGAGUCCUGCGGGAAGUGAUGUCUCCGUUCAGCCUCGAGGUACGGGCAGUUUCUAGAAGCCAACAAAGAAGAGCAAGGACGAGCCAGGCCGAGGAAAAACCUGUGUGUUCCUCCACUCGUCAGCCCCCAGGUGCUGAAUCCCGUGCCCCAGGAACCCAGCGGGAGCAGGAGGAGAAGGAGAGACUCGCCUUGGAAACUCUACGUCCCAGAAAGAUGCAGAGCCUCAGGCCGGAGCAGAUCCGAGGGCUGCUAGAGCCGGAGAGGGCCAAGACGCUGAUGCCCCGGGAGACCAGGGACUGGGAGAAGCGCGCUGCCCUCACCAAGGACUGGGCAGCUGUGGAGGUUGGGGCCCCUGGCAGUGAUGGUGACCUGAAAGGCCUGUCUUCGUCAGAACCCAGGCUGGCACAGGAGUGGAACGCGUUGGAGGGAGAUGAGUCCGAGGACUCGCAGGGCUUUGUGGAGUGGUCAAAAGCUCCACAGCAAACCACCAUAGUCUUGGUAGUGUGUGUCCUGUUUUUGUUCCUGGUUUUAACAGGGAUGCCUAUGAUGUUCCACAUUUAACUACGAUGAGGACGAUUGUUCUGAAAUUGGUCGCUCUUUCUUGUUAAGGAAACAUCUUGGUUAAAAGUCAGCAAUAGGUUUAUUAGCAAAUGCCUUUUAAACAUCCAUCAAGAUAAUUUUUUAAACAGAUUUUAUUUAUUUGAAAGAGAGAGAAUAAAAGAGAGCACGAGAGU